GUUUGUUCUGCUUCUUUGCAGAUUUUCAUCCUCCUUCCCUCAUCCCAUAAUUAAUUCAAUUCCUCUUCCUGUCGUUCUUCCAUUUUAUCCGAGAAGAGCUGCCGGACGGCUUGUCAGUUCGGAUUGUCCCAGUCCGCCUGGCAGAGUCGCUUUUCUCCCAUCUGGUCUGAUUUUUUCGUUUCUCAGGCCGCCUUCUCCGUCUCCAAUGAAUCCGCGCUUUACUUGCCAUUAAUCCUAUACUCUAUUCCGAUUCCCUUCUAUCUUUUGAUUUACUGCCUUAUAAUUCAUUCUUUAUCUGUCUGUCUGUUCGUUUAGCGGUGUUCGUGCAUCAUGUUGUCCCGAGUCGCUCGCCAGAAAAAUGCCAUCGGCCUAUUGCGACAGUCGAACGGACGCCGUCUACUGCCUUCAGUGGCAGCGCUGCGAUCCCAUGCCAACUCCAGCAAACCGGCAUUGCUGGCAAGUCCAUCCGUGACCACUCCACAAGAACAAUCUCGUCGACCUUCGUUUCAGUCCAAUCGGACUCUUGCCACUGCCGCCGAUCAGUCUGCCGUCGACCAAGGAUCCUAUGCAUCGUUCGACGACUCACUUUAUGCGCCAGAGAACUUCUAUGACCCAUCACAGCAGUGGUCUCAGCUGUUCCCUUCGCUGCCUGCUAAAGAACUCGAUCCUUCGUCCCUGAUCAUCGUGGGCGAGUCAUUACAAACGAAACCCAAAGUAUUGCGGAAGGUGAGAGGGAUCGGCGGCGAUGAGGAUGAAAUGCUGGCCAAUUUGGAUGUGUCUCUCAAGGUUGGACGCUUUGAUCGGGCUGCUACGCUCAUUAAUCGAUUGGGACAACAUUACCCUGUCGGUUCAUCGGAGUACCUGGCUAUUCACAAUCGCUAUUUGGAAAAGAUGGUAUCACACAUGAUUGUUACAAGGCAGCAUAAUAUGGUACUGCCGAUGCAGAGGUGGUUUGAGCUUGAUAUGCCAAACGGGGGCGUGAAACCGGACGCAACAACAUAUGCAAUUAUGAUACGGAUGGCACUUCGCAUGCUUCAUGGCUCGAAGCGAGACAGAGCAGUGCGAAGAUAUUGGCAAUUCGCCAAGAAGGAUAAUAUCGAGGAGGAAGUGCUGGCAGUCCCUGUUCUCUCGGAAUUGGAGCUCGGAGAACUCUCAGAGAUCUGCUCAUCUGACCUUCAACGCGUUGCCAUCGGCAGUAUUGGAUCUGAACCCACACCCGCUGUCGCCGUCAGCUCGCAGAUGGAUAACUUGGCGGAAGUUAGACCGGUUGAGCAAAAGGGUCUCGGGCUUUCCUCCCUCAAACAAUCUCUCUCCCUCUUUCUGAGCGAAUCUAGUUCCUCGGCGCCCACCGACCCCGAACAGAAGCAGGCUUUUGAUGAACUCAAACAGCGUCAACUGGAAGCUGACUCGAUACGGUCUGCUAUGGAUCGUUGGCGUCAGGAGUUUGAUAACAGACAGAAAUUGGGCCUUGAUGCCACCGCUGGUGGGAAGAAAUUAGGGUCCAUUAUGACCGAGUGGCACUCUAGCCUCGUUGCUAGGAUCAAGGAGGAACUUGAGCUUGUUGCUGAAGCGGAGGCAAAUCCCAUUCGCACUCUUGAGCAGAAAGAGCGCUGCGAAUAUGGCGUGUACUUGCGAUGUCUGGAUACAGACACUUUGGCAGCGCUCACCAUUCUGGCUGUCAUGUCUACUUUCAGCCGCGGUGGGAUGGAAAAGGGUUUGAAGGUUUCUGCAGUUGUUUCGACGAUUGGUAAAGAUCUUCAGGAUGAAUUGAUAGCGGAGGCUGCCCUCAAAAAUGAAGCAGGCGCAGACUCUCGGCGACUCAAGGCACUGAAGGAACUCCUCGCGGGGCGCAAGAAGAAGGACGGUCGUGCCAAAUGGCAUGCGCUCGUUCAGAAGAUGCAGCAAGAGGAUGCGACGAUCAUGUGGUCGCCACGAGUGACUGCAAAGAUCGGCGCGGUAUUGAUGAGUCUGCUAUUCGAGGUCGGUAAGGCACCGGUGACUAUGGAAGACCCCGAAACCAAGAAGAAAACGGUCACGAUGCAACCCGCCUUCCAGCAUGCUUAUCAGAUCACCUGGGGAAGGCGUACGGGCUACCUCCACCUUCAUCCAGCAAUCGUCCAGAUUAUCGCCAAAGAACCGACUGCCGAUCUUCUCGCAGGGGGUUUCUUGUUGUAUCAAUCCGAUAUUGUGCGGACGACACCCGGUGAAAGUCUCCAACCCACGUACAUCAAGACUGCCUUGGUAAACAACGGCCUUGAGGACAUUCGCCGGGGUUUGGAUAAUCUUGGCAGCACAGGGUGGACCAUCAAUCGCGACGUCCUCAAUGUUAUGCUCGAAGCAUGGAAUUCUGGAGAGGCGGUCGCAAACCUUGCUCCUCUAGAACCCGACCUACCACUUCCGCCCAAGCCAGCUCCCGAAGCGGGGUAUCACGCUGAAAAGGAAUGGGAUACUCUGGUACGCGAAGUUGAAAACAGGAGAUCUGGAUUGCACUCGAUGCGGUGUUUCCAGAAUUUUCAAAUGGAACUCGCUCGUGCGUACAGGAAUGUCACCUUCUACCUUCCGCAUAACAUGGACUUCCGCGGUCGUGCUUACCCACUUCCCCCGUAUCUUAAUCAAAUGGGUGCAGACAACUCCAGAGGUCUUCUGCUGUUUAGCGAGGCGAAGCCAUUGGGAGCCAGUGGUUUGAGGUGGUUAAAGAUUCAGAUCGCGAAUCUUUCGGGUUUUGACAAGGCUAGCAUGUCUGAGCGUGAACAAUUUACCAUGGAUCACUUGGACGAUGUGCUUGACUCGGCGGACAAGGGUCUUCACGGCAGACGCUGGUGGCUCAAGGCGGAAGAUCCCUGGCAAUGUUUAGCUGCCUGUUGUGAAUUAAGAAAUGCCCUUCGCCAUCCGGAUCCGACCCAGUACCCGUCCCGCUUGCCUAUCCACCAGGAUGGUUCGUGCAAUGGAUUGCAGCAUUAUGCGGCACUUGGAGGUGAUAGCGUCGGUGCCCAGCAGGUCAAUCUCGAACCAUCCGAUCGCCCGUCCGACGUCUACACCGGUGUUGCCGAGUUCGUCAAACAAGAAGUUGCGCGGGAGGCGGCCCAGGGUCACCCUAUCGCUAAGAUCCUUGACGGAAGAAUUACAAGAAAGAUUGUAAAGCAGACAGUCAUGACCAAUGUGUACGGCGUCACUUUCAUGGGAGCCAUGAGGCAGGUCCGCAAGCAACUUAUCGACCAUUACCCCGACCUGUCCUACGACGAUAAAAAGAAUGGUUCUUUGUACAUUGCCCGCAAAAUCUUCGAAGCUUUGGGUACGAUGUUCAAUGGGGCGCAUGAAAUCCAGCACUGGCUUGGAGACUGCGCGAGUCGCAUCACAACGUCACUGUCCCCCGAGCAGAUUGAGCAAAUUGCGAAGGAGGCUUUGACGCCUUCGUCUUCAGGUGGAUCCGCAGCGAAGCUCAAGGAUCCGUCUGAGAGAUUUAGGUCUACAGUUAUCUGGACCACGCCUCUUGGACUGCCUGUGGUCCAGCCGUACCGCGUGCGAAAGGCUCGGCGUAUCACCACAACUCUUCAGGAUCUCAGUAUCGUCGAUACUAAUUCGGAAGACGUGGUUUCGAAGCGGAAACAGUUACAGGCUUUUCCGCCAAAUUUCAUCCACUCUCUUGAUGCCACUCACAUGAUCAUGUCUGCAAACGCCUGCAACCAAGCCGGCUUGACCUUUUCUGCGGUCCACGAUUCGUUCUGGACGCACGCGUGUGAUGUCGACUCCAUGAACCAGAUCCUUCGGGAAGCCUUUGUUCGUAUGCACUCGGACGAUAUCAUCAGGAGACUCGCUUCUGAGUUUCAGGUUCGGUAUGGGCAGAACCUGUUCCUUGCGAAGGUUGACGCGAGCACGAAGAUCGGACGUGCGAUUCGUGCCUUCCGAAAAGGCGAGAAGAAGAAAUCGGGAAAAAUCCAGGAGCUUCUGGACGAGUACAGGAGGCAGCAGCUCUUGAAGUCGGAUGACCCAGAGUUGCAAGCGCAGGGUCGCGCCAUGGUCACGGCUGGUAGCGUCUUCGAACAGCUUGGUGGAACCGAUAAAGAUCUGGCGAUUGCGAGCUCGCUCGGUGAAUCAGCCGUGGGACAUAUUCCGGAGGAUUUGGCCGCAGCGGAGCGGAAGACGCCGGGACUAGGGAUCGACACGUCGGAUCCUGCGAUCGAGAGUUUGUUUUCGGACUUUCAGGACCUGGAACCGAGGGCCGGCGAGGCUGACAAAGCCACCGGGGCCGAGCUGGAGGAUGAAGUGUUGGCAGAAGACGGUGCAGGGAAGAAGAAGAAAAAGGCGGCGCGGCAGCAUGUGUGGCUCUGGCUACCCCUGCGGUUCCGCGACGUUCCCGCCAAGGACAGCCAGUAUUUCUUUUCAUAGACGUCUGUGUUGGUGACUUGCCAGGAGUUUUACGCAUUGGGCUGGCGUUUGGGUGGCGUUUGCUUUCAUGAAACUAAAAGCAAGACAAGCAAAAAGAGCAAUGGGGAGGGCAGAUCUCUUUGCGCUUAUUGACGGCGUUUGCUCAUUCUGUUCCCCUGCAUAUGCUGAGAGCUGAUUAUCAUUCGAUUGUGAUAUCCCGAUGUACAUUUAUUUGUGGCGUGCACCUCUCCCCCUUUUCAUCUUAUUCAUUGUAUAUUAUCUCAUGGAUGCCCGCAUUAUGAUGGGGAAAAUGUACAGUAUAACAUGACCUGGAAAGCUAUUGCUUGUAUAUAUCAAUAUGCAUUUGUCAUCGUU